AUGCUCAAUCCACCUCCAAGUCCAAAUACAGAGACCAGCUAUUCACUCACUGACAACCUACUCCGAGCCUCUUCGCCACUUUCUUGGACGCCUCAUAAUUCUUCAAACAGGUAUGUUGAUGAAUCGAAUUCUGCCGUGAGAGUAGCUGAAGAAUCUACAGGUCGAAUUGAUCAGGAUUGGCCAGCUGAACUUGGAAAUAUUUGUACAGAAAAACUUGGAAAGAGUGGAAAUGGUGAUGAUUUAUGUCAAGGAUUUGGCUCUGGAGCAGGAUGGAAAAGAGUGGGGAGCAAAGAUUUAGGGGUCCAAACCUCAACGAGGCCACAGCCUAUUUCUUAUAGUUCAUCGAAGUCUGGUGUCGAAUUGCCUUUACCACCAAGUAUAGCCACCUCGCACAAGUCACAAUCACCUGUAAUGCCAUCGAUUACCAGUCCAGCGUCGGCUUACUCUGCAAAGUUGCCUGCUGGCCGAUCAUGUGGUGACAGCGACAUCCCAAAUACUGCAGAUUUUGAAAAACGCACAAAAUAA